AUGGACUUUGCUGCGUCCUUCGACUUUGGUGCGGAGCAAGGACCCGGUUUCGGUGAGGCGGACUUUCCCUUAGAGCGAGGCGCGGCUCAGGCUCCGCCAGACCGCCCGGACCGCUCGGACCGAGACCUCUCGCGGCGCUUCGAGAAGGUGUUGUCGGCCGACAGAGAGAUUUGUCAGCAGAUCGACGAGGAGAUGGCCGGGUUAGAGCAGGAGCUCGCACGCAUUGAAGACGCAACACUGAAGGUGGAACAGCAAUGUAUGCAAGACUCGAAGGCUAAGGAUUACAUGGUGGAAGAAGCCCAGCAGCUCGAGCACAAAGUGGCUGAAGCUCAAAGAAGGCUGGUGGAAUUGAGAGAUGAUGGCCGAGCAUUGAACCUCGAGAGUCUUUCCUUGCGCAAAGACCGUAACCACCUUGUCGAGGAGCUUGGGUUCCUGCAGCGUUCUCUCGACGAUGAGAUGCAGACGCUGCAGUCCCUCCAGCAGAUGAACGCCAGCUUCCAGGCCUUUCACGCGGACAUGGAAGCCAACACGGAGUUGCUUCUGCACCAACGCAAAGAGUUGAUUGGCCAAGUCAGCAAGGAGCGCGAGCUUUCGCGCCACGACGCACGCCAGAACAACGAGCUGCGCAACCUCCUGGAGCGCAGGAGACAUGCUGAGCGAUGCCUCAAUGGCCAUAUCGAAGAUGAUGAGAUGCAGUGCGGUGCGGCGUAA